AUGGUCGCUCUUCGGGUUUUUUCAGUGUCACAGAUAAAGUAUGAGAGCACUGUCCAGGAGGAGAAGGCCGUUGUGGAUGAGGAGAACAGUGUGUUGGUGUCGGAUGGCUCAACGCUCCAUGAGAGAGGUGUGGAAAGCCUUCAGGAUUGGGAUGAGAGCUGGCAAUGCCAAGUACAAGGGGCAGAGGAGUUAGAGCAUUGGGAUAUGUUUCUACCACUUGAGGAUGGUGACCCCAGGCAAGUUCCCAAAGUUCUGAUUGCUUCGUGUGAUGGAGUUCCAGUGCUGGCAAAGACGGAAGUCACUUAUACAGCUGGGAUUGAAGAACUUCUUCAUUCACUGAAGUCUCCGUUGACAGUGGUGCACAAUGUUGAUCCGUCCGAGGCAGCUUCUUCCUUUUCCGAGUGGGUCAAGCCAGCAAUGAAGGAGAUUUCUUCCUUUGACAAGGCUGCAAAGAAGGUUCGGGGCAGCGAUCCUCAAGUCGCUGCAGACCUGAAGAGCGGGAAAGCAAAGAUCGUUCCGAUGAAGAUGGUUUACACUGUGAAGCCACCGUCCGAAGAGGCUGUGAGUGAAGGCCAGUUGUACCGUCGCAAGGUCAGAAUCGUGGCGUGUGGUAACAUGAUGGCAGACAGUGGUGAAGAGACAUAUGCGGGAGCAGCUCCAGCGGAGGUGGUUCGGUCGUCGUUGUCGGUGGCUAGUAUGUAUGGAUGGGAUGCUGCUGUUCUUGACGUGACGGCUGCUUUUCUACAGACUCCGUUGAACGAGGUGCAGUGCAAACAAAGAAUCCUUGGGCAGCCUCCAAGGGCACUGGUUAGAGCUGGUCUUUGUCAUGAACAAGAAUUAUGGGAGUUCACUCAUGCUGUUUAUGGACUCCGCGAAUCACCGCGAUGGUGGGGUGAGUUCAGGGAUGCGAAGAUGGCUCAGCUCAACAUUGUGGUUGGAGCACGGAGAAUAAAGCUACUCCAGUGUCGAGUCGAAGGAAGUUGGUGGAGACUCGUUGAAGACUCUGCGCUGGUCGGGCUGGUGGUUAUCUACGUUGAUGACUUGUUAAUUUGCUCUACCCCGUCAAUCAUCGAGGCGGUUUCGAAGGCAGUGAGGUCGUUGUGGGAAACAAGUACCUUGUCCUGGGCUUCAGAGGGAGGUAUUCGCUUCUUGGGCAUUGAGAUCGUGAAGGUUCGGGAAAGCUUUGCCCUGAAUCAGGAGCCGUAUAUCCAUGAGUUGACAAGGCUUCAUGCAAUUCCGCCGACACAGAGGGACUUGAUUCCGGUGGCAAAGGGGCAAUCCAGUUUUGAGGUAGAGCCAGAGGAAGCGGUUUUCACCUCAAGUGAGCUGAAAUUGGCUCAGCAACUGGCCGGUGAGGUGUUGUGGGUGGCGCAGCGUACGAGACCAGAUAUAAGUUAUACCUCCAGCCUCAUCAGCUCCCUCAGCGCCAGGGCGCCAAGGCGCGCUGCCGCGAUCGCCAGAAAGUGCAUCGGGUUCCUCCAAGGCACGUCCAAGCAGUACUUGUGGAUAAAUACCACGUCACCCGAGCUCAUUACUUGGACGGACGCGUCCUAUGCACCUGAUGGAGGACGCUCGCAUACAGGGUGGUUGCUGAUGAUGGGGCAGUCGCCUAUCAACUGGAGAUCGGCUCGCCAAAGCACCAUAACAUUGUCGACGGCUGAAAGUGAGCUGGCAGCAAGUGUAGAAGGAGCCUUGGCCCUUCUCAGCGCAGAAGCGCUUCUUUCAGAGCUGAAACUGGGCUUGAUGAAGUCAAGGUUGCGGUCGCUAUCUCGCAUGAUGGGUCUGAUGUCCUUGGAGGAGAUUGUUGAAGAGGUUGAGCGCGCCUUGGACGCUCAGAGACAAUAUGACAGUAGCUCGACUUCAAGGGACCGGUCUGCAUCGGCUGGGCGAGUGCCGGAUACGACCGGCGUUUGCGCCGGCAAAGACAGAAAUUCGAACGGAAGUGAGAAGGGAAGUUCGGGUACCCAAGAGCGAGUGCAGACAUUACGCAUCUGCGAGUACUGUGUGAGGCAUGGAGGAAGCAAUCCCGCAGUGCCGAGUCCGACCUUGGAUGAGAUUUUGAG